AUGUCGGUCACAAUUCCGCUCGAACCCCUCCGCGAAGACACGGCACAUGCAAAGACAGGUGACCAUUCCUCCUGUCACGCCGACGCGAUUAUCCAAGAGCUCGAGUCUCCCUCGCACUAUUCUGAACGAAAAGCAGAUCUUGAUACGGAGACUGAACCCAUAAAUGCCGCAUCGAACAUGAACAGUGCGCGGAGCGACCGGACACCAGGUGCCGAAAAGCAACCUUCAUCCGGCUUGCAAUUCCUGGCCGAAGCUUGCGAGCAUCCGCUUUUUCCACCUUUACCGUCCUAUGGAGUCCCGUCUGGACUGGGAAGAUUACGAGACUAUGUUUUCAUGGUGGCAUCGUUUAUUACCUCCUUCUGCUUCUUGACAGCUAUCUUUGUCGGAGCAUUGUUUCGUACAGGCGCAAUCGCACUAUCAGAAGCUCGCUUACGACUUAGCGGGCAGGAUCCAGACACAACAAGAGCAUUCUAUACCGAAGAGCAAGCACGACGCAACGCACGGAAAGAGGCCGAUCGAAGAUGGCAUUUACACAGACAGAAAAGGGACACGGAUGAGGAACAUGCCCCUGGACAAUCUGUGUCGCUCGAAGGAGGAAAAGAUCUUCUUGUCUGUGAUGUAGCAUACUAUGCGCGUCGUGUAGGUCUUGAUGUGGAGAAAUUCCGCGUCCAGACCGAGGACGGCUUCAUCAUCGAGUUGUGGCACGUGUAUGACCCUCAAGAAUACCAGGCACUAUCGGCAGAGGAGAGGCGUGAGCGUGGGCCAAAUGUCUUUACCAAGCCCAAGAUUUCGACUACUACUCGUCCCCAGACUAACCGGCGGUAUCCUGUUCUUUUGAUUCACGGGUUACUCCAGAGCGCUGGUGCGUUCUGUACGAAUGAUGAAGAUAGUCUGGCAUUUCAUCUUUGCAAAUCUGGGUAUGAUGUUUGGUUAGGCAAUAAUCGCUGUGGCGCGAAUCCAGAGCACACAACACUUUCCACCGCCGAUCCGCGAAUGUGGUCCUGGGAUAUUCGACACCUCGGAACGCUGGAUCUUGCAGCCCUUACUUCUCGUGUUAUAUACGAGACUGGAUUUGAAAAGCUCGGCCUUGUCUGCCACUCCCAGGGGACCACUCAAACAUUCGUCGCUCUGGCCAAGGAACAGCGUCCUGAGCUAGGCGAUCGCAUCUCAGUCUUUUGUGCUCUUGCUCCAGCUGUAUAUGCCGGUCCGCUCGUGCGUGGACCGUACUUUCGAUUCAUGAGUACUCUCUCUCCGGCCAUGUUCCGAUUCUUUUUUGGCAUUCACUCCUUCAUCCCCUUGAUGAUGACCGCACAACGGCUGCUACCUUCUAGAAUAUAUGGCACUAUGGCCUACUGGGUAUUUUCAUUCCUUUUCGACUGGUCAGACACGCGCUGGGAGCGUGAUCUUCGCCACAGAAUGUUUCAUUUCGCCCCGGUAUAUGUCAGCGCCGAGUCAAUGCGUUGGUGGCUUGGAAGUGAAAGCUUCGCCAAGCACAAAUGCAUCCUGUCCACGGACGAGGAACUCCUCCGCGAGACAGAUCUUAAUAACACCAUGUGUAAUGAUCCUGUCUCUGAGCACGGCGAUGAUCCCGGAGAUGCAUGUUUGGGAACUCCAGCGCCUAGCCCUUGGUUUGGACCGCAAACACCUCCAUUUGCAUUCUGGAUCGGUGGUUCAGAUGCCCUUGUUGAUGGUCGCCGGCUUCUAAAUCGAUUCCAGAGCGGCCGUGAGCCUCAUGUCCGUCUCGUGCACUCCAAGGUCAUUGAUGAGUAUGAGCAUCUUGAUGUUCUUUGGGCAAUGGAUGCCGUCGAGCAGAUCGGUAAUGAGGUUCGUCAAGUCAUUUGGACGACGAUGCCUGAGGAUGCUCGACAGGUUUGUCGAGCCCCUCGGGGAGUCAAUCUGAACCUGAUAGACACAGAGUAG